CCGGAGCUUGCGCGCCUGGUUCUUCACGGCGCCCCGACUUAGACGCGGGGCUUGGGAUCGGGUAGAGGGGAAGGAAAGGUUGCCGGUGCGGAGACCAGGCGGCCAGUGUCCGCAGGGAUGAACCUCGAGUUGCUGGGGUAAGAGGGUCCUGACUAAGUGUCCCAGUUGGCUCUGGGAAUCCAGUUAUCUUCAAAUUUAAGAGUCCUUUGGGCAAAACUAUCCAGAGGAAGCUGAUGGGACUUUGGAUUGCAUCAGCAUGGCCCUGACAUGCACCUUUAACAGGUGGGGCACACUGCUUGCAGUUGGCUGUAAUGAUGGCCGGAUUGUCAUCUGGGACUUCUUGACAAGAGGCAUUGCUAAAAUAAUUAGUGCACAUAUCCACCCAGUCUGUUCUUUGUGCUGGAGUCGAGAUGGUCAUAAGCUCGUGAGUGCCUCCACUGACAACAUAGUGUCACAGUGGGAUGUUCUUUCAGGCGAUUGCGACCAGAGGUUUCGAUUCCCUUCACCCAUCUUAAAAGUCCAGUAUCACCCUCGAGAUCAGAACAAGGUUCUCGUGUGUCCCAUGAAAUCUGCUCCUGUCAUGUUGACCCUUUCAGAUUCCAAACAUGUUGUUCUGCCGGUAGACGAUGACUCUGAUUUGAACGUGGUCGCAUCUUUUGAUAGGCGAGGGGAAUAUAUCUAUACAGGAAACGCAAAAGGCAAGAUCUUGGUCCUAAAAACAGAUUCUCAGGAUCUUGUUGCUUCCUUCAGAGUAACGACGGGAACAAGCAAUACUACAGCCAUUAAGUCAAUUGAAUUUGCUCGGAAGGGGAGUUGCUUUCUAAUUAACACAGCAGAUCGAAUAAUCAGGGUUUAUGAUGGGAGAGAAAUUUUAACCUGUGGAAGGGAUGGAGAGCCGGAGCCCAUGCAAAAACUGCAGGACUUGGUGAACAGGACCCCGUGGAAAAAGUGUUGCUUCUCUGGGGAUGGGGAAUACAUAGUGGCAGGCUCUGCCCGGCAGCAUGCACUAUACAUUUGGGAGAAGAGCAUUGGCAACCUGGUGAAGAUCCUGCAUGGGACCAGAGGGGAGCUCUUGCUGGAUGUGGCUUGGCAUCCUGUCCGACCCAUCAUAGCAUCCAUUUCUAGUGGAGUGGUGUCCAUUUGGGCCCAAAAUCAAGUAGAAAAUUGGAGUGCAUUUGCACCAGAUUUCAAAGAGUUGGAUGAAAAUGUAGAAUAUGAGGAAAGGGAAUCAGAGUUUGAUAUUGAAGAUGAAGAUAAGAGUGAGCCUGAGCAAACAGGGGCUGAUGCUGCAGAAGACGAGGAGGUGGAUGUGACCAGUGUGGAUCCCAUUGCUGCCUUCUGUAGUAGUGAUGAAGAGCUGGAAGAUUCAAAGGCUCUGUUGUAUUUACCCAUUGCCCCUGAGGUAGAAGACCCUGAAGAAAAUCCUUAUGGCCCCCCACCGGAUGCAGUCCCAACCUCUUUGAUGGAUGAAGGGGCUAGUUCAGAGAAGAAGAGGCAGUCUUCAGCAGAUGGGUCCCAGCCACCGAAGAAGAAACCUAAAACUACCAAUAUAGAACUUCAAGGAGUACCGAAUGAUGAAGUCCAUCCACUACUGGGUGUGAAGGGGGAUGGUAAAUCCAAGAAGAAGCAAGCAGGCCGGCCUAAAGGAUCAAAAGGUAAAGAGAAAGAUUCUCCAUUUAAACCGAAACUCUACAAAGGGGACAGAGGUUUACCUCUGGAAGGAUCAACGAAGGGUAAAGUGCAGGCGGAGCUCAGCCAGCCCUUGACAGCAGGAGGAGCAAUCUCAGAACUGUUGUGAAGACCUUGAAGCUCUUCGUUCUUCCCCACUUUGCCGUCAGGUAGCCUUUGGACAGUGUGGUCAGUCAUUUGAGAUUGGCUUUAAUUGAAAACAAAGGCCUCUGCCUCCCACCCAGGGGGUGGAAGGAGUGGAUUUUAUGUUUGAAUGAAGAAGUGAAUUGUGGAAGAAGAGCACACGUCCCUGCCUUCCCUUUCAAGCAUAAGUCCAAAUAGGCUCUCAGGAAUGAGGAUUCAUGAAGACGUCAGGAGAUUGACUCAUUUCAACUUCAUACUUGGUUGUGUUGCUGAUGAAAAAUGCCAGUUUUUACUCACCUAACUUGAACUCACACGGUUUGGACUUGUUAUUUCCCAUCUGUUACUUGCCUUCCAUCUACAAUGCAUGUCCUUGAGUGACUUGUUCUUAUCUGAAAUUUUGCUACCAUUAUCCUAGGAAAACUGUUGCAUUUUCUGUUUCUUUCAAUUUUAACCUUCGCUCCCAGUUGCUUCCUGUAUGUCCAUAUUGUGUGUUAGGCAGAAAAGCAAGGUUUCAAGUUGACAGAAAAGGCAAGAAGGCCCCCUUGUCCUCUUACCACAUUUUGCUCAGGAGCGGGGUUCUAAGAGAUUCAGGGGUUUCCCUUGCAUUGCUUUUUUUUUAUUUUCUGGUAUUGGAUCUGUUUCAGUAAUCAUGGUUGGUUUUUUGGGGCGGAAAUUAGUUUUAUCCAUUUCCAGCUAAGUAUCAUCAAUAGUUUAUAAAUUACCUUUGCUGACUUGUAGAGUUGGAAACAAAGCAAGGUGUAUUUCUCCACAAUCUUCUUUUUUAUGGGGGUGGGAUGCCAAUGCCAGGAUUGACAUGAAACCCCCCCCCCCCCAAAUCAAAGCAACAGUAGCUUGGUUCAAAUCAAAGAUCAAGGUAUAUUCUUUAAAUUAUUGUCUGUGGAAACCUGUCCCCAUCAGCUACAGCAUGUCCCUUCCUGUAGCCAGGCCCCUUUUCCUGUUUUCAGUUACUUCCUUUCUAUGAAAGGCUGCUUAGCUUGUUUUCCUUCUCUUUCUCACUCUUGUGCUCUCUCUCUCUCUCUCUCUCUCUCUCUCUCUGCAUUUGCUAUUCUUUUAAUAAAAAUAGCAAAUUGGACAGAUGUGUACAGUAAUGUAUUUGAAAUUUUUUGAAAAUCCAGAGUCAGCAAGCCAGGUGUGGGAAGAGUAAUGUCUGUGGGGAUAGCUUUUAGAUUCCCUGGGUCAUGCUUUUCAGCAUUUUCAAAGGGGAGUCUAAAUCCUGUGCUAAUUGGUAGAGGCUUCUUUAGGUAGUCAAACACGUUGAUUACCUGUAGAAAUCACAGUGGGCCACAUCACGCAGAGCUCCUUUGUUCCAGCCCCUACUUCAGAAGUUGGAAACAUCUCUCCCAGAGUCAGAUGCAGAAUGUGUAUGUUUUUAGUUGCCAUUUCUUCUUCCUUAAGUUCUUUGUGAAUUCCAUGUGAGUGAGACCAGGGGUUGCAGUUGGUAGGUAAGUGGCUCAUAGGACAUGGUUUUGUUUUGCAGACGUUAUAUCCAUUCCAUGACUCUGCAGCACACUACAGUAGUGUGUAAACUGAUAGAGGGUUUUCUGCCUUGUUUCCAUGUGCGAAGUAGCUUGCUUUCCUCCAUCUGUAUGUCCUGAUGCUUAUGCUGUGUCCAUUUCCUCUGCUGGCUUCUGAGAAAUUCAGCUAAAACCCUGUCAGAUUGUUUCUGGCAGCAGCUCCUAAUAUUUAUGCUUUUGGAAAUUUUUUGUCAGCUCCUAAAACCCUCUGUCCACUUGAGUUAGAUGUCUUGAUUUCUGUAAUAUAUGUAUAUUCUUAUCCUCCCUUUUGUCAUCUUCCCCAACUCUCCAUUUUGUUUUUUAAAAUGUUCUGUAGUUUUGUACAAGAUGAGAUUUAGCUUUGGGUACUUACUGCUGAAGCUUUAAUGCUUUGUAAAUAAAAUUGGAUGUUUAUUAAA